CUUCCUGGAGACGGGCAGGUGAGGGGAGAGCGACGCGGCCUAGGCCGGACGGGGGCCCGGACCCGCCAGGAUGAACGUCGGGGUGGCCCACAGCGAGGUGAACCCCAACACACGGGUGAUGAACAGCCGGGGCAUCUGGCUGGCCUACGUCAUCCUGGUGGGCCUCCUCCACGUGGUCCUGCUCAGCAUCCCCUUCUUCAGCAUCCCCGUCGUCUGGACCCUCACCAACGUCAUCCACAACCUGGCCAUGUACAUCUUCCUGCACACGGUCAAAGGGACCCCGUUCGAGACGCCGGACCAGGGCAGGGCCCGCCUGCUCACGCACUGGGAGCAGAUGGACUACGGGCUGCAGUUCACCUCGUCCCGCAAGUUCCUGAGCAUAACGCCCAUCGUGCUCUACCUCCUCGCCAGCUUCUACACCAAGUACGACGCGGCCCAUUUCCUCAUCAACACGGCCUCGCUGCUCAGCGUGCUGCUGCCCAAGUUGCCCCAGUUCCACGGCGUCCGCCUCUUUGGCAUCAACAAGUACUGAAGCCCGGCGGCGGGGACGGUGGGAGCCCGGGGCGACAGGACCAAGGGGCGGUAGGGGUGAGGUCGGCGGAAGCGGACGCCACCACCCAGCCCCCUCCCCGGCCCGUGCCCGACAGGCGGGGACGGUGCGGGGUGGGGGUUGGGGAACAACUGGAAGUGAUGUGUACAGAAGGCAUCUGGGGGCUUGGUUGGUGAUGGGAUGUAUAUUUUCCUUGUAAUAAAAGCCAGUUUUCCAGA